AUGGCACCUCAAACUUGGCUCAUCACUGGUGCUUCGUCCGGCCUUGGCCUGCACCUCGCCAUCAUCGCCGCAAAGCAGGGCAACAAGGUUAUUGCCACAACGCGCUCUCUGACUAGAGCUCAAAACAUCUCAGACAGGAACAUCCAAGUCGCUCGUCUCGACCAGAAUGAGCCACUAGACCAGAUCAAAGCCGAUGUUGAUGCCAUUGUCAAAGUUCAUGGCCCCAUCGACAUUGUCGUCAACUGCGCAGCUUACGUUCACACCGGCAUCCUCGAGGAUCUCACACCAGAGGACACAUACGCGCAGUUUCAUACCAACGUCUUUGGUGCUCUCAACGUCUACCGCGCCAUUCUUCCUCACCUAAGAAGCAAGAGAUCUGGCACCUUGGUGACCAUCGGAUCAAUGGCGGCAUGGUUCGCUCACCCCGCGGCUAGCAUAUACAACGCAUCCAAGGCUGCUCUGCGGUGGCUCAGUUUCGGUCUCGCCAGCGAAGUUAAGCCUCUGGGCAUCAAGCAUCUGCUCGUAGAGCCCGGCCGCUUCCGAACGGAACUGCUGAAACAGGACGGCAACUUCAGAACGUCAAACGGAAGCGACGGCAUCGCCGAUUAUAGAGAGAUCAGCGAAGCAGUCAAGCAGGGCAUCGCUCGCGAGGCCAACAAGCAGCCUGGUGACCCCGUAAAGGGAGCUCAAGUCAUUUACGACGUCGUCACCUCUAGCGGCGUAGCCCAGGGCAAGGAACUGCCAGAAUUCCUGCCUUUGGGACAGGAUGCCAUUGAGGAAAUCACCAAGUCAGCACAGUCGGCAAUUGAUGUCUGCCAGGAAUGGAAGGUGAUUGCCAGUUCAACAGACUAUUAA